CCGAUGGUACUCCUCGCAGUUUAUUUUAUUAUUUAUUCAAGGCUAUAAAACAAAUUAAUAUAACCUGUUUGGUAUACCUAUGUUAUUAGUUGAUUUAGAGAAAACUGUUUACGUUUGUACCUUUAAUUGUUUUGUGAAUAAAUCACUGAUUUGUGAGUUGUUUUAAGAUUAUAUCUAGAUAUGAUCUUAGCAUUUCUAAAGAAUAUAGAACAUAGUUAGCUUCAAAAUUACCAAAUAGCAUUUAGAUAUGGAAAUUACAAAUACAUGUAUAGGGUGUGGCACUAAAUUCUAGGAGAUAAAUGAUUUGAGGGGAAAAACAACAAGAAAUAUACGAAAAAUGUUGUCUGGAACAUCUCUGACUACUAUAAGUUCAAACAAUAAUAUAAAUUCAAUUAAAAUUUACAAAUAUAGAUGGAUGAUCUUAGCCCUCUUUGAUUUAGUCUCAAUUUUAAAUUUUAUGCAACUUCUGCAAUUUUCUAUAAUCUCAAAUAUCAUUUCCAGAUUUUACAAUGUAGAAAGCUUUCUAGUCGACUUAACAGGUCUCAUAUUCUUCAUCUCUUACAUAAUAUUGUUCUAUCCUAUCAGUUAUCUCAUAGAAAAAUAUAAUUUGAAGUUGACAGUUGGUUGUGCCAUGCUUCUAACGCUUGCAGGAAAUCUACUCAAGCUUUUAUCUGCAAACCCCGAUAGAUUUUGGCUAGUUCUACUAGCUCAAGCUCUUAUAGCAAUUGGUCAGGUGUAUCUGUAUAGUAUACCUUCGAAGCUAGCUACAACUUGGUUUGGAUCUGAAGAAGUCUCUACAGCUUGCGCUAUAGGGGUGCUAGGAAUGCAGCUAGGUACAGCACUUGGUUGUGUUCAGUCACCAAUGAUUGUUAAAAAUGAAUCGUCAGAUGUCAUACAGGGUCAAUUGUUUGACAUGUUCUUGUAUCAGGCAAUAGUCAGUUUUGUAGCAUUUAUUUUGGUACUAUGCCUUUUCAGGAGAAGACCGCAGUUGCCUCCCAGCCAAUCCCAAGUCGACCUGCUGUCAAACAGCGACGCCCCGCUGCCAAAUUUCUUCGAAAAUAUGAAGAAAAUAGGAAAAAACAAGAAUUUCUGGUUGAUAGUUUUUUCUUUAGGUCUCGCAAACGGUGUAUGGAAUUCCUUCGGGAUAUUAUUGAAUACUCUGUAUUUACACUAUUUUCCAACAGGUGAAAAUGAUGCUGGCUUGAUAGCUUUGAUAACAAUCAUCAGUGGAGGAUGCAUAGGGAGCAUGAUAGUGGGCAUUUUACUAGACAAAACUCAUGAAUUUAAAAAAAUCAGUAUUUUCCUUUUGGCAAGUUCUUCUCUCAUUUACGUAGGCGUGAUAUUUACAUUGGUUGAAAAAAGUAGAAUUGGAACGUUUAUAGUUAUACCUAUUUUUGGCUUCUUUCUAGCUCCAGUCCUGAUAGUUGGUUUCGAGUACUUGGUCGAGAUAACCUAUCCCAUAUCAGAGGCUUGCAGUGCUUCAGCCUUCAAUGCUUCCUACAACCUACUGGGAAUUGUAGCAACAUUACUGCUAGGAGCAUUGUACGACUCCAUAGGGUAUUUCUACACUUUUGUAGCCACUUUCAUUAUAUUUGCUUUUGCUACAAUGACCAUCUUGUUUGUGAAAAGUGAUCUGAGACGCAGAGACGCAAACCUACACAGAUCAAACGCCAACAAUACCGCAAUGUCAAAUGGAUUCGACGUAACAAAUACCACAGUCUCGGUAGCUCAUUUUUAGUUAAUUUUAUACAGGAUGUUUAAAAAAUGCAAGGCAAAAUUUCAGGGUGAUGUUAUUCCUCAUCAAAAAAUAUGAGAAAUUGUUCCCAUAAACCUAUGUCUGGAAAUGUGAAAUUUUAAAGAUACAGAAUUAAUCAUCGCGAGCGUAUAGAUCUACUGGGUCCUCCUUUCUUAAAUUGUAAUUUAAACUCAUCAUACCGUCUCAAUGCCUUGACUAAAGCCAGUAUCUUUAAAACUAUACAUUUCCGUAUCAUUGUCUAUCAGAACUUGUUUCAUAUUAUUUUAUGACCUCUGAAAUUAAGCGGUGUAUUUUUUGAACAUCCUGUAUACACUACAUUUAGAUCAUAUAGAUACUAGGUACAUGCCGAUAAAGUAAAAUAGUAUUGUGAUGUGACCUUUCCAUACAAAGAUACAGAAAUGCUAGUCAUUUUUACUUAUAAAGAAUUUACAUGUACUUAAUAAAAUAAUGUUGUGUAAUAAAAAAUAAUAUAGAUAUUAGUUAUUAUCUACAUCUGUAUCUCUAUUAUUUUUUAAAUGUAUUUACUUUAUCAAUAAUUAUAACAUUGUUAAUGAGUAUAUGAAAUUAGCAAUGCGUGUGCAUCACUUAUAAUAUAUCUGUAAGUUAAAACACUCAAUAUGAUUAAACCAAAAAAUAUUUUUGUCUAGAUUAUAAUUUUUAUACGGAUUUUUGUGUAAGGUGUUAUGUGUUUAUAUUUUGAUAUUUAUUUACAAAUAAAAUUAUAUUUUUC